AUGCUGCACUGGGAGGCGCCGCUGAGAGGCAACGCUUGGAACGUGAACCACUCCUCACUCCUCCCGCACCUUCCCCCCUGUCUGUCCCCUUCCUCUCCUCUCCCCCGUCCCGCCUCCAACUCGACGCCUUCAAUCCCUCACCAUCCUCACGCAACCUUCAACGGUCUCAUCGCCUGGCCAGCCCCGCUGGCGCGGACGACGGUGGCACUCAAGGCAAGAGGCUUCGGCCUGACGAACGCCUUCUUCUUGUCGCCGCUGCCGGCCGAGCAGGCCAGUGCCAGUGGCACCACGGUGUGCGGCAACCUGGACGUCAUGCUCCAAGGCACCACCACCAUCACUGCCGUGUGGAAUGCCUCUAACCCCGCCUCGCUUAGCAACGACGCGCCCAGCAACGCCAUGUGCAAGAGCCUGUCGUUCUAUGCCGAGUCGUUCUGCAAGGAGAAGCUGGGCUUUACUAUCGCGCGGCCUGCGAAGAAGGCCAUGUGUGAGAAUGAUUGUGGAACUGCACAGUGCGUUGUGAAGGAGGGCCAACCACAGUGCCAGUGCCCCGAGGGCCUCAUGUUCAACGCCGCCAAGAAGCUCUGCCUCGAUCCGUCCCUUGCUCCUCCUCGUCGUAGAGGAGCGAGCUCUGCACUGGCGGGCUCUGCACUGGCGGGCUCUGCACUGGCGGGCUCUGCACUGGCGGGCUCUGCACUGGCGGGCUCUGCACUGGCGGGCUCUGCACUGGCGGGCUCUGCACUGGCGGGCUCUGCACUGGCGGGCUCUGCUGUCUUUCCGGGCGGGUGGUGGAAAGGCGAAGAAUGGGCGGCCCUAGUUGGACAAGCAGGGGCCAAGGACGUCGGAUCAGGGGGUGGGGAGGGGGGAGGAGCGGGGGGGGUAGGGAAAGGGGGUUGGGUUGGGGGGAUCGGGGGGGGAAGGGGGGGUUGGGGGGGAGGGAAGGGGGGGUGGGGUUGGGGGCUGAUGGAGCAGCGGUGCAACAAACUGCAUGCGUUUGCUCGGAGGCUAGGAAUUUAG